CAAAAUGGCGCCAUGCAUGAAAACAUUGCCAUGCUGAAACUGUCAGAGGGGAGAUAUUUACGUUUUUUUGGUAAUUGCCGUCCACAUAUACCUACAAGGGGAGAAGACAAUGAGAUAAUUUGAAUUGAGCAAAAUGGACACAGAUUUUUUAGGAGCGAUUAGAGAGGAAAUUGCUUUGGAAGGCUUAGAUGGUAUAAGCAUAGAGUCUCUGUGGGUGCGGCUAUCCGGGAGACAGAACUUUUCCAUCAAAUUGACUGACAAGUCAAAAGUUUACCUGUGGCGAUGCCUUGUGACCCUACAAGGCCUGGAGUACUAUGAGAUCCCAAUACCACGACCUCCACUGGUCAUUUAUAAUAGUUUGGAGUCCUUCGACCCAGAUUCAGGACGACUGAUAGAACUGGAACAAGUUCCAGAGGAUCUCUAUCCCAUUGAUAUCGUUAAUCAAGAUGGCAUUUAUGGAUCAUGUUCAACGUAUGAAACUCGCAAAAAUGUGACUGCCAAGGUGAAAGCAGAUGGGAAAAGGCCAGCCGUAACAUUGGAGGAGGCAAAACAAAUAUGGGGUGAGAAACUGGUGAUUGUGGCAUCCCAGGAGAUUCGUGAGAAUGCGAUCUGUGGACCAUUGUAUGACCCCUCCCACAACUGGUCAAACAUGCUCCACGCCUACUGUAUCCUGGAGAGGAUUGGCAGGUCACGGUACAAUGGCUGUAUGUCUGUGGGGCCACUCAGCUUACAGCUUUUCAAUAUGCCUCCCAAGACUAUAUUCUACCACACCAAAAACCUCGUCAAAUUAGGACUUGUCAAGAAACAAAGCUUGACUGUAGUCGACAUGAAGCACAAGCAGCAGAUUCGGCGUAUAUUCCACCUGGAGCGGUUUUACAAGGAGAUCAAGUCCAAGUACAGUAUACUACUGCUUCAGGUGUGUGACUACCUAGCCACCUGUCCCAGUCAGCGUGACGUAGCAGGCACAAUACGAGAACAUGUGGAAAUUGAUGCUACCUUAUUUAAGAAGCUGUACAACAACUAUCAGAACUUCUUAAGAGCCGACAAAGUUCCAUAUCGAGAAAUGUAUCCAGAAGCCACAGAGGACGAGUACAUGUGCAAAAAUGGCCUCUCUGAGAAGAUGAUCCACACUAUUACCAUGAUUCAACAUCCACGGGUGAAGAAGGAAGACAGCGAGGAGGAGGACGAGGAAGAGGGAGCAGAUGUCACAGGGCAUGACAUGUCUAGUAAGGCGAGGCCAGUAAAAUUUGAAUGGGUGUACGAGAGGACAACUCUACGACAAUGUUAUGAAGCUAUCAGGAAUGUGGGUCCGGAGGGAUUGACACAGGCAUCACUAACAAAGAUACUACAGAUUCGUGACAAUAUGUCACGUGUACUCAUCAAAAACAUGAUCCGCAUGAACAUGGUUGACCAAAUCCUGAAGGAAAAGGGAAAGCAGAAGGUCAAGUACUACAUUGCAAGGGAGCAUCGGCUCCAGAGUAAGUUGUACCAGGAAUUCCUCGAAGAAAAAGAAAAACUGUUCCAGAAAGAAGAGCCGACUUUCAGUAAUGUUGAUCCUCACUUGGGCUCAGGAUCAUCCAUAUCAAGUGCUCUGGCUGGUAUGAGUGGAGCUGGUGUUACUGUGGAUCUUAUGAUCAGUAAGGAUGCCGGGAAUGAAGAAAGUCAAAAAAGUGAGACGACAGUCAUCCAAAGCUGUGAAGAGUUACUUUCUGUGAACGAGGUUAAAGAAGGGGUGAAAAAAACGGCAAAGUUCAAAAACAGUAGGAAAUCGAUGAUUAACGACCGCAGGUCAGAUAUAGAAAGCAUGCUGACAAGUCGACAUCUCAAACGAAUGUCUAUGAUAUUGGAAGCUGUAGAGAAAGAUAAAGUGAUAGAGAAAACUUACACAUUUAUCAAGAUGAUCCGAGAACGAGAAAAGAGUAAAGGCCUUGAUUAUAUCAUUGACAAGAAAACGUUUGACAAGCUGGCAAUCUUAUUGGUUAAACAAAAGAAAAUCCGGAUCUUCAAAACCACCAUCCCCGGAACAAAUAAUGAACAACACCGAGAAGUUCAACUGCUGUGUGCAAAACAUGUUCAGCCAACAGAUGCAAUGAUUAAAAGCAAGCUGGAACAACUUCAACUUAGGUCACGCUGUGUACCAAAGGAACACCUGCUGAAAGCUAAGAGGAAAAGUCCUGCAAAGCAGCAGAAGUUCACCGACUUACCUGAGAGUACCCAGGAGAACCUGCGAAAGCUACAGGAGUAUAAAAUGAAGAUCAAAUCCUACGACAUGGUCUAUGAUCCGUUUGCUCCAAAACAGUAUGGCUACUUACCAAAGAUGAGGAGAAUCCGUAUGACCCACAACAUUCUGUGGUACCUUUGCUAUGACUACAGAGGGCACUUAAUGUCAGGAAAACCCACACAGGAUUCUUCAGGAACCACCUCGGGGAAGUUAGACAAGGGAUGGUCAGAUGCUCUGGGGACCACUCAUUCAACAGAAUUAUUAAAAACUGAUUUGGAACCUGAUACUCUUGGAGACAAUGGAACACCAGUCCAGGGAAAAUCCACUGAUACGGAUAUUUUGGAACAAAUAAAGAAUCUGAAGGAGCCCCCUCUGUUCUAUGAUGAGAUAUCGUGGAGACGUUAUCUCCCACCUCUACCAAAACAUAAAGAUCAUCCAAAGGGCUGGUGUCUUAUAUCAGAUGUUUUAGUCACGCUGCCUGUUUGUCUCUUCUGUUCGAUUGUACCAGUCAACUAUAAUCUACAAGGCUUGAGGGAGAUACUAGGGGACCCAGUUAAGUCUCUCUACCCCAUCGUUUACCUCCCCUACAGACUUACACAACAGUUACUCUUUGCUCGCAAAUACAUAUUUGCAUUCCAUGAGAGCUGUGAGAGACUUGCCUACAUGGGGCUGCUAGCAUUUGGGACCCGACUACUGAAAGAGAAAGACCAGGUAUUUGUGUACUUGUACAAGAAUGUGUGUCUGAUGGACACAACACGCUCCCUGGAGGGCUACUGUAAGAUCAACAUGCCCAAGGGUGUUGAGUGCGAUAGACGACUCUACAACUUCUCUAGUCAACUUCAGUUUGACCAUUACUGGACAGAACUUCAGGAAAUUUGCUUCGCAAGUCAUCUCAAUGUCAGGAAGAUGAAGAACACUGAGAAGGAGAUGAAGGAAGACCCACCAGUGGAGAUGUCCCUCACUGAUUCCCUCAAACCAAUCAGUCCAGACGAGCUUGUUGAUGACCCUGAUCACUGUCGUCUCCCUGGUGACCAGCUUGGGGCAGCAGGCUUGGAUUCCUCGUUCUACAUACACUUGUGUCGUAACUGGGAUUGGAGUAUGAGGAACAUGGGAAAAAACUUCCCAAACUAUAACCCGAUGGGACCUUUCGACCUAAAGCCUGUUGGUGUGUGGUCGGCCCUGACAAAGUCUUCCGCAAAGUCUACGGAUAAGUACCUAAAGGUCACCAAACCAAACCGACUGCCCCGUAUCUUACCCAAGGAACGCCUCAUGCUGACUGACACAGGAAUGGGCAAAGGGCCUGAGGUUGUCAAGGUGACAACAGCUGAAACCAAGGGCAACAAAGGAGGCAAGGGAGUGAAGCGUAGGAAGAAGAUGUCAGAUGCAGGUCCAAAAAAGAAACAGAAAGUGGAACUCCAGCGUGCUCCCAUUUCACAAAAAAGGAAGAAAGGCUUUCGAGAUGAUAUAGACCUUGUGGCUGAGAAGAUGAGGACUGGUCAGCGUGUGUCGUGGUCAGCCAAGGAAGACAGCAUUCUUCUCACUGGUAAAAUUGCAAGCACCAUCCUGGGGAUGAGCUCCCAGAGAGAGCACCCUUUGGCACCCGUACCCUACUCCGAGCUAAGGAAUGUCCUCCACAAAUACUCCAAAGAGAAAUCCAAGGACAAAUCCACUGAAGCAUGUAAAAGGCGUAUCGGCUUCAUAAUGAAAAAUCCUAGAACAGAACACAACAUGUCGGUGUUUCUGUCGGAGGCACUUCUGGACCCGAAAAUUGAAAAGGAGUAUGCACACAAGAAGGUGUCAUGGAUGACCGAAGAUACCAUUAAGGAAUUCAACAUCCUUUUUGAGCUGCUGAUCAAGAAAUUCUCGACUGUUGACUUGAAGCAGAGUUACCUCCCCUCUCACAUGUCGGAGCUACCUGAUUUCAAUAUUAAGAUGGUGAAGAAAAUAAAUCUUAAUGCAGUCACACACAACGAUGUCCAAUCCUCUGCUGACAUCUACAUAGCUGUCCUUAGAAAUAUUGUCCAGACGUAUGCCUCAUUAGAGGACAAACAGGGUCGUGUGUAUGAGUGUUUUAAGUUGUUGAGCCAGUACCCACGUGACUGUAUUAUAGCAGCGACAGCUCAACUUCGAACUAACAAGAUCAUCACUCGCAUCAAAGCGCACGAACAUAAGAAGCAACGAAUGCCAUCAACCUUACAGAACUACAAAAUCUCCCAGAGGUACUGGUAUGGCUACCUGUCGCGGUUCCCCACCUCUUUGUUUGAGGACAGUGUUAAGUGUCUACACCAGUUUGAAAACACCUUCCUUGAUCCAUCGCAACAUAUGACCUUCAACAACAUCACACAGGGUGGCUACUGUGCUUGUAUCAUAGCCAUGAUGUCGCUUGGGAUCGUGUCUUUCCACAGUCAGAUUCCUCGUGACAUGAUCAUACUUGACCCUUGUAAUAUCAAGUCCUGGCGAGGAUUGUGUGACCCCAGGAUAGACACCAAGAAGGGAGCUGAAGGCAGUGAUAAAUCCUCUUCAGGUACCAGGGAGCCAACUGGAGCCAUAGAUGUCAUGCAGGGUCCAGAACCUAUGGAUAUAGACUCCACAACUGGUGUUACCCAAGAUUCUGAUCAAGUGUCCAUAGCAACUAGUAGUAACAGGUCCAGCACAGCUUUAACCCCAGGACCAGAACGUAUAUCGUCCAUAGAGGUUGAGAAUGAAGCUGUCGGUGUGAGAUUGAACGAGCCUUACUGGACUCCUGGUGAGCUGAUGAAGGUCAUAGUCAGUCCUACAAGUUGUUUGGAGAUGGAAGACUUGCCACGGCAACUUAGCUUCCCAGGUACGCCAGGGAAAAACCAAAUGACCCCUUCAAGGUCAUUGAUCACAAUACGAAGGUCAUGUGCAAAGGAUGCACAGAAUCUGAAACAUUUCAAGUUUCAGGACAAUUUUGUGAUUUCCAGUUGUAAUAUCAGAAUGAAAAUCAGACAGGAUGUGGAAGGAUUGGAGGAAGGGAGUCAAGGGGAGAGAACUGUGUCAGAAAUCAUGAAGGAAGUCUUAAUGAGUCCUGAGGAAAUAAAGCAGAUUGUGCAUAAACUGACAAGGACCUUACCUUUUGAGCUUGAUAUGGAAGUUGUUUGGAAAGCAUAGCUCCGCCCUUAUUGGCUCACUGCCAGCAACUGUACAAUGAGAUUGAUAGCCACAAGAGUCUGGGAGUAUCCAAAUUUGAUUUGCAGGACUUGUUUGCAGUGGAGGAUUGGUAUCACCAAUGUCUGAACCUGCUGGAUGAUAAGUUUGCGAUAUUGAAAGUGGGUGUGACUGUUCAGCGUUAUGUAAGCUUCAGGAAUGCUAGACCGUGGGUGACACAUGCUUACAAGAAUGUGAAGGGGCGAGGAGUGCGACAGACAACCCAGGUAGA